AGUGAUGAAAAUCAACAAGCUUAAAUGCUCUUCAAUCCAAAUUGAAAUUGCUGUUCUUCUCCAUGGCUACCUCAAGUAGAAUGAGUCAUAGUUCUUUGAUGGCUGCUUCAAUGCUUCUACUGGGAUCGUUAUUCAUCCAAGACUUUCAAAUUACAGGUGUAGAGUCUGUAGGAGUCUGUUAUGGAAUGCAAGGCAACAAUCUACCAUCUCCACCACAAGUCAUAUCUCUCUACCAAUCAAACAACAUCAACAGUAUGAGAAUCUACAAUCCAGACCAACCCACCCUCCAAGCCCUCCGAGGCUCCAACAUCCAACUCAUCCUCGGCGUCCCUAACUCCGACCUCCAAUCCCUCUCCGACCCUUCCACCGCACUUUCAUGGGUCCAAAACAACGUCUUCAACUUCCCUGACGUCUCAUUCCGUUACAUUGCCGUUGGAAACGAGGUGGACCCCGCCAACGGCGACCCAUCUCAGUUUGUACUUUCUGCCAUGCAAAACAUAUACAACGCCAUUUCAUCCGCCGGGCUUCAGGGCCAAAUAGGAGUCUCGACCGCGAUUGCCUUUUCAUUACUCGGCCAAUCAUUCCCCCCAUCACAAGGCUCUUUUAGAGGUGAUGUGACGCAAUAUAUAGACCCAAUUAUCGGGUUCUUAGUCCAAACAAAUUCUCCUUUACUCGCAAAUAUAUACCCUUAUUUUAGUUACUCCGGCGAUCCUACCGACAUCUCGUUGGAAUACGCCUCGUUCACGUCGCCGUCGGUGGUCGUUACUGACGGCCCAUAUGAGUACCAAAACUUGUUUGAUGCUAUGUUGGAUGCUCUUUACGUCGCCAUUGAGGGGGCCGGGGGAUGGUCGCUGGGGGUGGUGGUGUCGGAGAGUGGGUGGCCAUCGGACGGUGGGUUUGCGGCUACACUUGAUAAUGAAUUCACUUAUAACUCUAAUUUGAUUCAACAUGUUAAUGGAGGUACCCCGAGGAGGCCUAAUGGACCCAUUGAAACUUACUUGUUUGCUAUGUUUGAUGAGAACAAUAAAAGUCCUGAGCUUGAAAAACACUUUGGGCAGUUCUAUCCUGAUGGGCAACCAAAAUUUCAACUCAAUUUUGGUGCAGGGCGGGCUUGGGAUGUCUAUGCUCAAAACAACACAUCUGUUUAUCGGGAAAGUAUCAGUUCAGUGUAAAAUUUCAUGUUAGUGAUAAACUUUGUAACAUUAAAAUAAAAAAUCAUGAAACAGGGCUAGGCUUUGUCAUGCUUAUUUUAGUUUCAUGUAUGGUUGCAAGCUUAUCUUGAAUAAGAGAGAUCAUGCUAUGUACGAGACCACUUCAAGUUUCAACAUAUUUUUCUGGCAAAAAACACAAAAAAAAUAUUUCGUUCU